AUGAAUCCAUUCCUUCAUUAUCAUCUUUACGGUGUUGAUGAAGUAGAUAUAAGUGAUUCCUCUCCUAAAGCUGCUAAAGGAAAAUCGAAGCCCGCUUCCGCUCCUUACGGAACCAAGAAGGCCGCCAAGAAGGAACAAAACCCUCUUUUCGAGAAGAGAACAAGAACCUUCGGUAUCGGUGGUGACCUUGCUCCUAAACGAGACUUGACUCGAUUCGUCAAAUGGCCCGAGUACGUCCGACUCCAAAGACAAAAGGUCAUCCUUCAUCAACGAUUGAAGGUCCCCCCUGCCAUCGCUCAAUUCUCUCAAACCCUUGACAAGAACACCGCCACUGAACUUUUCAAACUUCUUAACAAGUACAAGCCCGAAUCUAAGCAAGAGAAGAAGGCACGAUUACUGUCCGAGGCUUCCAGCCGAGAGAAGGAAGGUGACAAAGCCACCACCAAAGACUCCGAGAAGCCAAUCUUCGCCAAAUACGGUCUUAACCACGUUAUCGCUUUAGUCGAGGCCAAGAAAGCUCAAUUAGUCGUCAUCGCCGAUGAUGUUGACCCUAUUGAACUCGUCGUCUUCCUUCCCGCUCUUUGUAGAAAGAUGGGUGUACCUUACGUCAUCGUAAAAGGUAAGGCAAGACUCGGUCUUGUCACCGGAAAGAAGACCUCUUCUUCAGUUGCCAUCACCGAUGUCAAAUCAGCAGACAAACAAGCUCUCGCCACCCUCAUCUCAGCUGCCAAGGCUAACUACCUCGACAAAGCUGAUGACAUCAGAAGACACUGGGGUGGUGGUGUCCGAGGAAACAAAUCUAUCGCCAAGCUUAGAAAGAGAGCCAAGGCUGCCGGUCAAGACGCUAAGAAGAUUGACGUUUCUCUUUAA